AUGAACAGCUCGGAUAGUACAAAUAACACGUCGCCACACUCUUCCGCCACUUGUUCUACCGCCCCUACAACUUCGUCCGUGCCAGCAGUCACGUUCCUUCCGACCCCGCAAUCGCCAGACUUCUCUCACGAACAUGCCCGAUAUCUCAACUGGCUCAGAAGCAUCUACCCGGUUCAUACGAUACCCAUCUUCACAGGAGACGCCGUGCUAGUGUCGCAAAAUGCACAGCUUGCCCAUGACUGGCUGAUUGCUGUCGAGAACUUUCUGUGUACGUUUCCAGUCCCACACCAUGCCAGACCUCAUCUUUUGGGCUCUCGGCUUUUUGGUUCUGCAGGUCUUUGGUGGCGACAGAGCAUGGCAAAGAAUAUCCUCUCUAACUGGCAUGAGUUCAAGAGCAACUUUGCGAGCUACUGGUGUCCAGAAUUCAACUCGCAGACAGAGAGUCACUUCUUUCACAAAGUCAGACAGGGAGUCGCAGAAACAGCAGCCGAAUUUGCACAGAGACGAUUGCAGGUGGGAAAAAUGGCUGGUGUGCCGAAAACCUACCACGUCAGUCUCCGACGGAGCAGGAAGCUCAUCUACGACCCCGACAACCAAGUUUAUUUGUGUAUGGUGAAGCCAAGGCGCGACUCAGAAGCUGUCUCCCGGGAAGAGUUGGAGCUCAUAUCCAAGAACAAGGACAUUGUUGUCAACACUCCGCCUGACUUGGCCAAGUCUCCCUUCUGUGUCAACUACGGUCUUUGUCGUCAUGAAACCGAGUUCGUGGAGUAUCACGUAAAUCGGAUGCUGGAAGAGGGACUGGUGGAUCCUACCCAAUCAGUCUACGGAGCACCUGUGCUAAUUAUCAUUUCCAAAGACGGAGAGUUCCGAAUGUGCACAGACCAUCGCAUUUUAGACGACAGAUCUAUCAACGACCGUUUCUGGUUGCCGAAAACUGACGAAAUUUUGUCUCAAAUCGGACAUAAUGGAGUGUUCUCGAAACUUCACCUAUUCUCAGGAUACUACCAGGCGUUCAAGAAGCCCACUGGCCUUUCUAACAAUGUCAUCUCUAUCUUUCCCCUGGACCUGAGAGAAGACAGGGACAACCAUUUAGGGCUUUCUGAGGUAUUGGAUCAGCUUGGUGGUUGCCUGAGUGGUGUUGCAUUUGACGAGUUUGACAAUCUAAUUGUCUGCUCAAAGGACCGAGAAACACACACUGCAGAUCUUGAUAAUGUUCUGCGAGUACUUCGUCAGAGACACAUCUACGUCAACAAGUACCAGUCUGACAUGUUCAAGUCGUCACUUGAGCUAUUGGGACAUAUUGUCGAUAAGCAGACGUGUCGUCCUGACCCCCUUAAGGUCUGUACGAUUGUCAACUGGCGUGCACCUUUGAACACCACUGACACUGCAUCUUUCCUACACCUGGCAGGCUACUACCGACGCUACAUCCCCGACUUUGCACUGGUAGCUCGCCCUAUGGCUCUCUUGUGUGGAGGGAACAAACCUUUUGACUGGACAGAAAAGUGCCAGAGUGCAUUCGACCUUAUCAAGACUACACUUGUGCGCGCGGCUCCUGUGCGACUGGAAACUCUCCGAGGAGCUUACAGGUUAUCAACUGAAAUAUUCGAGACUUGCUUCAGCGUGGUAUUGGAGCAGCAGGACGCAUCCGGAAUGUUCCAUGUGGUUGACCGGAAGAGUGCCCGAUUCCAUGGCCUUGAGUUACGUUUCACAGAGUAUGAGAAGAACGUAAAGGCAAUCGUGUAUGCUCUUCGCAAGUGGCGAAUUGGCCAUGGCUUGUUCUUAAUCCAGACCCGAUUCCCUCUUUCUCGAGACAUAAUUCUGAACCCUGCUUAUCUCAAGGGCAGUUCUCUUUCCAGAUGGCUGCAUUUCAUCCACGCUCACCAGUUCGAAGUGGCGGAUAUUAGUCAGAACAAGAUGCAGAAGAACGGUACCGAUGGCCUCAAACGAGGUGUUGAGGUGGACGGUAAGAUGGGGGUAGAUAACGUGGUGGACUCAGGUGCUAACAGCCUGGCUAAAAGAGUAUGUGUGGAGAACUAA